AUGUCUGCCAUGGUCUUGGUGGAGGUGAUGGAUGGGCACGGUCGUCGUGAGCUGGUUCCACGCCGACAGAUUCGCGAUAUAGCCAGUGAAGUCGUCCGGCCAGGACGACUCCUGGCCGCGGACCAUUUCGUCGUGCGGACCUGCAGGGUACCUGACGGCUAUUGGACCCUGCAAUCGUCUGCUGCGGCGAUGCUGCUGCGCCGCGUGGAAGACCGCAUGCAGCUGGGAUUCGUCAAGAUCCUGAGUCAGGAGAUGCACUGUUUACUGCGGCGCCAAGACUUGCCGUUUCUGCGUGGACUGGCGACUGUGCUGAGAAGCGAGACAGACGAUGAACUGCACCGCGGACCCCUAGAUAAGAACGAAGAAACGGGUGCCGGGUCGCAGCGAAAAACGCCGUGGUGCGUCGAAGGCGGCAGUUUACUCUUGCCAGUAGAACUACAGAAAAAGAUCCUCCUCUCCCUGGACACCGUCGACCGCCAGCGCUGCCGCCGCACCUGUAAACUGUGGGACGAUAUUCUCACGUCGGCGGAGGCCUGCAGCGAGGUCUGGGUAUCGCGACGCAAACCCAUCAUGCGCGGAUUCGGAGCAAUGAAAGAUCAUCGGGAGUACUUGAUGUUCGCUGGUCUCUUCAAGCACAUAACGCCGGACACCCACACGGUUUGCCUUCGCGAUGUCAAAACGGACCACCGUGACAGCUGGAACGUGCAUCCAGUCGACGAUGCGGUGGACGUGAUCCGCAAGGUCUUAGUCGCCGGCGGCAUGCGCGCCGCGCGUCUCAUUCUGCAGCAGCGAUCCGUCCGCUCACGCGCGUGUGAGAGACGGACGUUCGACGUGCUGACCGCCGAGAUCGCCGCGCACGUAGCCAGCCUCGCGGCGUGCUGUGGUCGAGUGAUCUGGAAGGAUUACGGCCUGACGCUGGUGGAAAUAACUGGUCAGCCGUCGCUGGAGUUCCACAUUCCCCUUGGCGUCUUCAGCACGGGAACGGUUGACAAGUUGCAGAUUGUGGACCUGUGGGAGCGGCAUCUGCGCUGGGAUGGGCCCGCGUUGGAUGUGCAGCAUCUUGCUCAGUGCCUGGCGAAUCGGAUUGAACGCAAAGCGAAUGCUGAGAAAGUUCAGCAGAUCCUCUGGAACUAUCAAACCGGUGAUAUUCGGCCGUCGGCGAAUUAUCGCCAUCACCGAUGGACGUUGUACAACGUGGCCAGCGUGGACGUGGUCAAGCUGAACCGCUUCUGCUUGUACGCACUGUGGCGCUGUGUACAGAAAUGGUUGCCGCCAUCCGCGGACGACAACGCACCAGCUGAGUUAUCCUCCGAUUCCAGCAGCGAAGCCAGCAAGUCCGAGUAUAGAGGAAGACGAGGACGCCGCGGAACAAUUUUAGAAUUUUAA